AUUUGCUCUGUUACAGGCUCAACAGAGAGAGAAGAUGAUCUGAGGAUUGUGCUGCUGGGAAAAACUGGAGUCGGGAAGAGUGCAACUGGAAACACCAUCUUAGGAAGAGAAGCGUUUACAGCAGAAACAUCUCAAGAAUCUGUUACUAAAGAGUGUCAGAGAGAAACAUCUGAAAUCAACGGCAGACACAUUACUGUGAUCGACACUCCAGGACUGUUUGAUACUGAACUCAGUAAUGAAGAAAUCCAGAGAGAAAUCAGCAACAGCAUCUCCAUGAUCCUGCCUGGACCACAUGUGUUCAUCAUCGUGCUCAGUUUAGGACAACGAUUCACUAAAGAAGAAGCAACAGCUGUGGAGAUCAUCCAGGAGACGUUUGGAGAGAAAUCGUUAAUGUUCACCAUGGUGCUCUUCACCAGAGGAGACUUUCUGGAGAACAAAACCAUUGAUCAGUGUUUGGGAAAACCUGGAUCUGCCCUUAGAAACCUGAUUGAUGUGUGUGGAAACAGAUUCCAUGUGUUCAAUAAUAAAGAGAUUGGAGACCAAACACAGGUGACUGAUCUACUGCAGAAGAUAGACAACAUGGUGAAAGAGAACGGAGGGAGUUACUACUCGUGUAAGAUGUUCAGAGAGAUGGAGAGAGAACUACAAGAGCAACAGAAGAACAUACUGAUGGAGAGACUCAGAGAACGAGAAGAAGAGAUGAAGAAACUAGAAGAAGAGAAAGAGAGAAUGAAGAUGAAGAUGGAGGAAGAACGACAGAAUCAUGACACAGAGAGAAAGAGAAGAGAAGAAGAGUUUAAUGAGAGAGAGGAGAGAUAUAAAAGAGAAAUGAAGGAACAGGAGGAGCAGAUGAGAGAUGAGAUGAAAAGUGUAAAAGAGGAGUGUAAGAAUGAAAUAAAGGAAAUGAGAAAAGAAAUAGAGACUAUAAAGAAAGAAAAAGAAAAUCUUCAGAUCAGAUACGACACAGAAACCGACAGAAUGAUGACCAGAAUUGAGAAUGAAAAACAACAUCAUGAGAAAGAGAGAAAGAGAAGAGAUGUAGAGAUUAAUGAGAGAGAAGAACGAUAUAAAACACAAAUAAAGGAGAAAGAGAGAGAGAUGAAAGAGGAGAUGAAGAGAGAAAGAGAAGAAUUGGAGAAACAGAAAGAAGAAGAAAAGACGAGAAGAGAAGAAGAGAUUAAAGAGAGAGAAGAACAAUUUAAAACACAAAUAAAGGAGAAAGAGAGAGAUAUGAAAGAGGAGAUGAAGAGAGAAAGAGAGGAAUGGGAGAAACAGAAAGAAGAAGAGAGACGAAGAGCAAAAGAGGUUGAGAAAAGAAUAGAGAGAGAGAGACAGAUUUGUGAUGAGAUUCAGAGACUGAAGAGUGAAAUGGAGAGAAUAAUCACAGAGAAAGACAGAAUAGAAAGAGAGAGACGAGAACAAGUAGAGGAUUCAGAGAAGAGAAUGAAAGAAGGAAAGAUGAGAGAAGAUGAACAGAAGACUCUUGAAGAACAGCAUGAAGAAGAACUGAAGAGAAGACGAGUGGAUGUGAGAGAGGAAUAUGAAAGAGAGGAAGAGGAGAAGAAGAUCUGCUCUGAAACUGAUCCGUCACUGCAGGACGAAAACAAAGACAUUGAACCAGCAGAAAAAAUCCAGAAUCUAUUUGACAGACUUCAUCUUGAAGACAAACACCACAAUAAACUGAGAGCCGCAGAUGUUCUUCAGAUAACCAAACAUUCAUUACAGUCUCAUGAGUCUUGUGCUGAAGAAGAGAUGAUUCAGACUUUCCUACAGAAACUACUGAUGAUGAACUACAGAGCAAGAUACAUCACAACUAAACAGACCAGUGAACAGCAAACAGACAGUGACACAUUUGAUGAUGAUAUUUUUGAUGAAAUGUCUUUGUCUAACAAAAGAACGAGUCAGUCUGCUCUCAUUCACCCGAUGGAUGUCCAGAUGGCUGUGUUUCAUUGUGCUGAUGCUCUCCUGAAGCAGCUGAUGGUCACUAAACUGUCCCAGUGUCAGUUCGCUCUUCCUCUGCUUGUUCCUGAUCCAUUCACACGACAGAUUGAGUUUCCUCUCUGGACAUUCAGACAAAUCUACAAGAGCUGGAAGAUGAGAAACACCAGCAAUCAGAUCAUCAGUCAAACCCAGCCCAUCUACAGAGCACAAACUCCAAUGGUGUUCUUCUUCAGGUUCGGCUCUGUGUCUUCAUCCAAGUCUCAGCUGAUGAACCGUCUGAUCAAUGAGAAACACAACACGUUCUUCCACAGAAACUGUCCCGGCAGCAGCAGAUCCAGAGUCCUGAUGGACGGAGUGGUGGAGAUCUCCUGGUUCUGUCCUUCUGGAUCAGAUGAUGAUAAAUUCACUGAGUGUGCAGCGUUCUGUAAUCUACACGGAGAUGCAGGAGACCAUGAGAAACAGCUGCAGAUCCUCACUCACAUGAGCUCAGUCAAUGUUGUUCUCCUGCCACGACUUCAGAAGAAUGACAGAAGUGCAACAAAGAUACAAAACCUGUACACAGACAGAAAGCCACUCAUUUGUCUCUUUACUGAGGAUAAAUCUACUGUAAUUGAGAUGAAGAAAGGGAAAUUCAAAAUUGGUCUGAAAUACAGAAAUCAGUCAAAUGUUUCUGAAGAACUCAGAAGAGCUAUACAUGAUUGUGUCUCAGAAUCAUCUCACACUUUCAGACUUGAAGAUGUGUCCAAACACCCAGAUGUCAGAGUAGAUGAGGAAGAUGAUGAUGACUGCAGGAGAGGAAGAGAAGCAGCACAGAAGAUGAUGAGUUUACUGAAGAAGAAAGAUCUGAGAGAAGACAAAGAAUCAUUUCUUCCUCAUCAGGGGAAACUGUGGCAUCAGUGGAGUCAGAAGAACAGAGAAAUACAUCAACCUCGAGGAGAUGAAGGAGAAAUGGACAUCCGUAGAAAACAAACAGAGAUGAAGAAACUCCGUCAACAGCAGCAUGAAUCUGACAUCAGUGAGUUUAUGAAGAUCUUUAUUAAAGAAAUGAACUCAGAUGAUGUCACAAAGAUGUUUCUCCUUCAAUGGCUCAGAAUCCUCCUGGAUGAACAUACAUCAGAUGAUCUUUCUGCUCUUCAUCACAAAUAUGAUGAAAAGUGGUCAACAGUCUUAAGACUGAAGGAGAACACUGAUAAAUCUGAACAUCUCAAAGCUGCUCAAACUGAGCUUGAGAGAAUAUCUGAGGAUCUUCAGGCUGCAGCGUUUGGUGUGGAGCACAUCCUGAGGGAGAUCGGUCAGAUCUAUGAAUCAUGUUCAUCUCUGCAGAGAAACAGGAAAGACCUGCAGGUUCACUUCUCUUCUCUCCCGAGUCUGGCAGCACAGAUGAUGAUCUCUGGAUCUCCUCUGGAGUUAAUGGAUGGAGAUGCUGCUCAUGUUCCUGUGACCUGGAUCUCUGCUGUUGUAGAUCAACUCAUCCAGAAACUGGGAGACCAGAGAGUCUUUGUGCUGUCAGUUUUAGGGCUUCGAGGCUCUGGGAAAUCCACCAUGAUGAACGCCAUGUUUGGACUCCAUUCUGCCGUCAGUGCUGGAAGAUCAACCAGAGGAGCUUUCAUGCAGCUGAUCAGAGUCUCCAGUGAGAUGAAAACACAGAUGAGGUUUGAUUAUAUUCUGGUUGUUGAUACUGAGGGACUUCAUGCUCUAGAACUGUCUGGAAGAUCAACAAGACACCAUGACAAUGAACUGGCCACAUUUGUUGUAGGUCUUGCAGAUCUGACACUGAUCAACAUCUUUGGAGAAAACCCAUCUGAGAUGCAGGGCAUUCUUCAGAUUGUUGUUCAGGCCUUCAUGAGGAUGAAGAAGGUGAGACUGAAUCUCAGCUGUGUGUUUGUGCAUCAGAACGUGUCAGACGUCACAGCUGGAGAGAGAAACAUGGAGAGAAGGAGACGUCUGCUGGAGAAACUGGAUGAGAUGACAAAACUCGCUGCUAAAGAUGAAGUCUGUGAGACUGAGUGUUUCAGUGAUGUCAUUAGAUGUGAUGUUCAGAAAGAUGUGAAGUAUUUCUCUCAGCUCUGGGAAGGCAGUCCGCCCAUGGCUCCACCAAACCCAAACUACUGUGAGAACAUCCAAGAACUGAAGAAGACUAUCAUGUCUCAUGCCUCAAAAUCACAUGGAAUGAAGCUGAGAGAUUUAAAAGAUCGUGUUAAAGAUCUCUGUGAGGCUUUACUGAAUGAACAUUUUGUCUUCAGUUUUAGAAACUCUCUGGAGAUCUCAGUCUACAGGAAACUGGAGACAGAAUACAGGAAGUGGACCUGGAGUCUGCGCAGAGCCAUGAUGGAGACUGAGAACAAACUACACAACAAAAUAGAAAAUGAUGUGAUUCAUGAAGUUAAAGAAACUGAUCUUCAAAGAGAACUGAAGAAGACAAGUGAAGAAGUGAAAAAAUAUAUGUCUGAAUUCUUUGAGAAAGAAAGAGAUAAAGAUAUACUGAUUCAGUGGAAAACAUCAUUUGAAAUCAGAAUCAAAGAUCUUCAGGAAAACAUUGUGAGAGAAACACAGAGAAGAUUAAAUGAGGUUCUUCAUCAGCGAGACCUGAAGAAAAAGACUGAUGCUCUGAGAACACAUCAUGAAAACACUCUUUAUGAAAAGAGCAAAGAACUCGCCUUAAAACUCAGAGACAGAACAAAUGAUGAAGAAACACUGAAGAAAGAGUUUGAUUUGUUCUGGGAUCAGUGUGUGAAGAAGAUCAUCAGAGACACUCCUGCAUUCAGAGACAUUGACUUAAUGAGAGAUGUGAGAAAGAUCCUCAGUGAAGGCUAUGAAAGUGUUCCUGUAGAUCACUGGAGAGAGAACAGGGAUAUUUUCACUGUUACAAGUUAUUCAGAUUAUGUACAGUUGAAGAAAUCCAGUGGAUUUAGCAGAAAUAUCUACACAUCAUUUCAAAAAGUGUUUGAUUACCGUCUCUCUAAAGAGGACGAAGCCCAAAUAAGAUCAUUAGUCUCAGAUGUUGUUCAGCAGACAGACAGAAUGAUUCAGUCAUUUAACAUUUCAAAGAUGGGCUACAACACCAGCUACAUUCAUCAAAUCACAGAUUACAUCAGAGCAAGAAUAACACAACAUGAAGAAGAAUCAGUGAGAUAUGUGUUCAAGAAAGAGUUCUUCAUGGAUUUGGUUCUGUCCAUCUGUAAGAGAGCAAAAAAGAUGAUCACUGACCAACACAGAUGGUUCAGAGAAGCAAAUGAUCCUGUCAUAUAUGUUCAGAAGAGGAGAGAAGAGUACUAUAGUAUUUUCCUGAAAUACUGUCAUGGAGCCGCAUCAGCUGCUAUGUUUGGAGAGAUCCUCUGUCAGAAACUGAAAGAGCCGAGUGAGCAGAGCGUCUAUAAGAAGACUGCCAGAGAUCUGACGGAUGAAAUGAUGAAAGAUUGUGAAUCACUGAGAGGAAACAGAUCACAUCUGGAGAAACACAUCCUGAAGACACUGGCAGAAGAGGAGGACUUUAACAAAUACAUGAACUACAUUCAUCAUCCCAGAGAUCACUUCAAGAGUUUCAUCAGAGAUGAAGUCAGACGGUACAUCACUGAUCAGUUCAGUGUCCGUGUUUUACCCAAGAUGAAGGAGAACAUUAAACUCCUGCAGCAGAAGAUCAUGAGAGCAGCUCAUCAAUCUACUGAACAUGUUCAAGAGAACAGAGGAGAUGUUGGUUUGUGGUUGAAGAGUUUCACACAGCGGAUCUCAGAUGAGCUGAUCUUCUCUGAGAAACACCUCAGUGGAGUCAGAUGUGAUGAUGUUGAUUUCAAACUGCUAGAAGAUGUGAUCAGACGGGAACUUACUGCUAUAGUGUCAGACAUCAUCAGGAGAUUCAACUCAAGGUCAUUCAAUGAAAAACUGGACCUCAAGUUCAGACCAGAUGAGCUUCUGAUUAGUCACUUCUGUCAGUGCUGUUGGGUUCAGUGUCCGUUCUGUGGAGCUAUCUGCACAAACACCAUAGAAAACCAUGAUGGAGAUCACAGUGCUCCCUUCCACAGAGUGAGAGGAAUUACUGGCACAUAUUACUCUUCUACACAGACUCUCUCUGCUGAUAUUUGCACAAGUUUAGUGAUGAGUGAUAAAAAAUUCUGUGUGUCAGGAGGACAGUUUAAAUACAGAGAGUACAGAAGAGCAGGAGGAGUUUAUGCGAAGUGGAGUAUAACUCCUGAUCUCUCUGAACAGAUCUACUGGAAGUGGUUUGUGUGCAGAUUCCAGAAACAUCUGGAGAAAUACUUCAAUAAAACAUUUGAGGGGAGUGGUGAGAUACCAGACGAAUGGAGAAGAUACUCAAAACAAGAUGCUAUUGAGAGUUUAGAUGAAUACAUGUAAUUGAGCAGAUGAAGACUGAGACUCUAGUGUCUCUCUCAGAUUCAGACUCAUCUACAGAUCAAGAAGAUCAGAUCUCAUCAAAUACACACCAGGGCCCGGUUUUUCAAAAGUAAUCCAGUAGGAUUUUGGAUAAUGGAUUGGAUCAAAUCUUGAAAAUGUGUUUUUCAAAAGAAAAAACGGAUUACAUAAAUGGAUAAGAUCACGUAAUCCAAUCUUGGUUUUGAUCCGGAUCAAACCUUUAGUUUGAGUUUUUUUAGAACUUUUUUGUAGGAUUUGGAUCACUUUGAUCCAAAAAAUCUGGAUUAAACUGAUCCCAUCAGAAGGGUGGAUUCAGCGUGGAUUUCAUGGCCAAAAUGUAAUGAAAACUUAAAAAAUGUAUCAAAUAAUACUAUAUUUGGAGCAUGCAGUAUCUUACAAGAUAUCAUAUUUAUUCAUAAGGUUUUCAUUUUAUUUGUUCAUCCGUCAGGCUUUAACGUAUUCAGCCUUUCAGUAUAGGCCUACAGCAAAGUAGAAAGAGUUUAGCCUCAUAAAAUAAUCCCCCAAACAGCUGCCAAAACUGACCAAAAACAAUACAUUUUAUUCUGUCACUAAUUGAUAUAUAUAUUCAUCACAAUCAAAAAUAUUGUUUUACAUUAAGUCUUUUUUUUUAAUUCAAUACAUCUAGGCUAUACUUGAUACUUGUUAUAAAUAUCCUCAAUGUACAGUGUUAGUGUUGUAGGUCUCAGAUGAGCGGACUGCUGGAAGAGGAUGGGGUGGGGUUUUCUUGUUUUUAGUUUAUUUUUUAAAUGUGUGGGUUUUCAUUUCAAAUAAAAAUAAUUUAUAUUGACCCCUCACUUGCUAUUCUAUUUGUUGCUCUUUACAUAUCUAUAGUUCUACAUUGUGAUUUCCUAUCCUGUUUGAGCACUGGUUAUCCAGAUUUGGUGAUCCUGAAAAGUUCCUAUCCGGAUCAGAUUGAUCCAAUCCGAUGCUGCUUUAAAAAACUGGCUCCAAAAGUAAACUGGAUUACAUGAUCACGGAUCACAAAAAAAGGAUUACUAAAUCCGGAUCAGUUUUAUCCGGAUUAAACCUUUUGAAAAACCGGGCCCAGGAUUCAAGACCAGAAUCAGUCCGACUGAUCAAAGAUAUUAAUGACUGAUGAUAAAUGAUGAGUGAAAAAAAUACCAAGUGUCUCAGAUCUGUACAUCUAUCUGAUUUAUAUCCAAAUCCAGUGUAAAAUACUUCAUACAAAUAAUGGAUCUCUGUGAGGACAAUACAUUUAUAUUAAAAACAAACUUUACAGUGAUGUGAAAUUUUGACAAUAGGAAUUAAGAUUUACUAAGAGCUUGUGCCAAUGCAAAACAUAUUUUGGUGUUAAAACAGUUGUGUCAUGAUUUACUAAAGACACACAGUGAUGAUUUAGCACAGAAGAGGCAUGGACACAGUUAUGUUUGUGCCUGACCUUAUUGAAUAUACAUUUGUAGGAGUUUACCUUGCAGACGUGAAAUUUAUGAGAUUUAUGUGUUAAGAUUCUAUUUUUAUGUGUGCAUUAAGCACAAUGUGUGCAACAAUUCUGUGUCACGUAGUCUUUUUAAAGACACUGUCAACAGCAGAUUCAGAUUCAUGUGCCAUAACUGGAAGAACUGUUGUUUUUCCAUUAUUAUUAGAUAGUCAAAGUCUGUCCGUCAUGUUAACAUUCCUCCAGGAGAUGUCAGUGAAGCAGCACUGAAGUGAGAACUGAUUUCACAUGAGCAGCUGAAGGAUUCCUGUCACACACAUUUAUUAAUUCAGCUGAAGAUCAGUGAUGUGCUGUUUGUCAGAUGUUCAGGAUCUCCAGGAUUCAGUCCAGACUCGACUCUGUGCUCAGGUAUCUGUGCUAACAAGAGUGCUUAAAGACGGGAUAAAACAUAAAAUAAGUGUCUCCAGUGUCACAUGAUCUUCAGAAAUCAUUCUUUUAUGAUGAUUUACUGCUCAAGAAACAUUUCUGAUUAUUAUCAAUGUUGAACACGGUUGUGCUGCUCAAUAUUUUUGUGGAAACUGUGAUACAUUUUAUUUUUCAGGAUUCACAGAUGAACAGAAAGUUCAGAAGAACAGUCUUUAUUUAAAACAAUAAUCUUUUGUAACAUUAUAAAUGUCUUUUGAUUGAUUUAUUGCAUCUAUGUUGAAAAUCUUUCAAACAUCACUGUGAAGGUGUGCAGUGUAUUUCUUCACUCUCUUCAGACACAAAGGCACUGAUAAACCUUCAUC